UUUCAGGGACGGAAUCCAAUUGACUUCUGAGCUCGGUCUUCCUCUCUCUCUCGCACUCUCAGGCGCUGUUGCGAAGGCGAUAAGAUGCGGAGAUACAGUCCAGCAUACUAUAGUCCUCCUAGGAGAGGAUAUGGUGGGGGAGGGAGAAGCCCUCCCAGGAGGGGAUAUGGUGGAGGUAGACGAAGGGAACAAAAUCAUGGGAGCCUUUUGGUUCGCAACAUUCCUCUCGAUUGCCGACCUGAGGAACUUCGAGUUCCAUUUGAGCGAUUUGGACCCGUCCGGGAUGUCUAUCUACCGAAGGACUAUUACACUGGAGAGCCUCGUGGUUUUGCAUUUGUGCAAUUUGUGGAUCCUUAUGAUGCUUCAGAGGCGCAGUAUCAUAUGAAUGGACAGAUUUUUGCUGGAAGGGAAAUAUCUGUAGUUGUUGCUGCAGAGUCAAGGAAAAGACCAGAGGAGAUGCGUCAGAAGUCAAGGACAAGAGGACCAGGAAGCUAUGGGGGGCGAAGGUCAGCUUAUUAUGGACGAUCCCGAUCUCGUUCAGUGUCAAGAUCACGCUCCCCACGUUAUCACUCUGGUUCUAGAAGUAGAUACCAUUCAAGGUCCUACUCUCCUACCACUAGAAGGCGAGGUGACUAUUCUGUUUCCCCUAGACCACGUGGUGUGCAUCCUAGGUCACCAAGGGGUCCUUCUGUGGAGCGAGAUGGUGAUCAAAAGCGCAGGUCAUAUUCUCCAGGUUAUGGCAAUGGCCCAGAUUAUCAUGCUGCCAAUGGAUAUGAUGAGAAAUCUAUGUAUGAAUCUGAGGCUGCACGAGGCCAGUGGGGACAAUCACCACGCAGAGCAUCAAGAUCACCCAUUGGGUCAAGAUCAAGGUCUGCUGAUUUGUCUCCAAGACAUGGCAGAUGAGUUUUUGUGGUGCAUGCUGCAGAUGGUUGGCAAUGUGAUGCUGGGCUUCUGUACAAUUCCAUGAAUAUAUGAGAACCUAUACAAACCUUUGUAUCUUGCUUGAAUUUUAAGCGAUGUUAUCUUCAGACUUAAGAAUUGAUUUGCUACUCUGAGCGUGCUGAACUUGAUAUUAUUAUAAAAUUUAAAAACUGGUUGAUUUUGGUUAAUUGUGAAACUUCAAAUCAAAAUUUUGGUUCUUUC